GGAAGUUACUAUAUAUGGGCUUAUACCUUCUGAUAUGGGGUGAAGCAUCCAAUCUCCGCUUCAUGCCGGAGUGUCUAUGCUACAUAUUUCACAAUAUGGCAUAUGAACUUCAUGGUUUAUUGGCCGGGAAUGUCAGCAUUGUUACUGGUGAAAACAUCAAACCUUCUUAUGGUGGUGAUGAUGAGGCAUUCUUGCGGAAGGUUAUAACUCCCAUAUACCGCGUAAUUGAGAAGGUAUGGUUUUUUCUGUUAUGGACAUUAUCAGCUUUCUUCUCGGUGAUGAGUUAUAAUCAUUCUAAUAAUAUAGGAAGCAGUAGAAAUGGAAAGGCUCCUCACUCGGCCUGGUGCAACUAUGAUUAUCUAAAUGAAUAUUUCUGGUAUUUGUUUUCGGCAGUUCUUGGAAAGGAAUUUCAGUUAUGGAAAUCUUUCAGAAAUUAA